GAGGUGAAGGAGCGAACGGGCGCUGGAUCCUCCCGGCCGCGGCCCCCGGGGCCCCGGGCAGGGAACAAAGGGCCAUGGCCGAGGGGGCUCCCGCCUCAGGCGCCGGAGCCGGUGCUGCAGCCGCGCUGCCCCUCGCCCCUCCGGCCCCCGAGCGCACCUCGGAGCGGGAGACGCAGACGGCAGAGCUGUCCCUGACGGUGGUGGCGGCCGUGCAGGCGGUGGAGAGGAAGGUGGAUUCCCAUUCCACCCGCCUCCUCGACCUGGAAGGUCGGACGGGGAUGGCGGAGAAGAAGCUGAUCGAUUGCGAGAAGACGGCGGCGGAGCUGGGGAACCAGCUGGAGAGCAAGUGUGCGGCGCUGGGCACCCUGAUCCAGGAGUACGGGCUGCUCCAGAGGCGUCUGGAGAACAUGGAGAACCUGCUGAAGAACAGGAACUUCUGGAUCCUGAGGCUGCCGCCGGGCAGGAAGGGGGAAGUCCCCAAGGUGCCAGUGACCUUUGAUGAUGUGUCCGUUUAUUUCAACGACAAGGAAUGGGAGAAGCUGGAGGAGUGGCAGAAGGAGCUCUACAAGAACGUGAUGAAGGGGAACUACGAGUCGCUGAUCUCCCUGGACUAUGCAAUUUCCAAGCCUGGUGUGAUGUCCCAGAUGGAGCAAGGAGAGGAACCACGGGUCAGGAACGAGCAGGACUUGGAGGAGAGUGAGAUCAUCACUGAUGCCACUGCAGCUGGGAUAAGGGUUGUGAUUCAAAACAGAGGAGCUCCUUCCUGAAGACAGCCCCGAAAACCCCGAGCUGCAACGGGAUGUCGGGGCAGUCGGAGGGCAAGCUUCCAGAGCCCGGAUGAGGAAGCAGCCUGUGAGAGCCCCUACGGCUCC